AUGGGUGUCAAGAAGAAGACAUCAAAGACUAAGAGUGCAGCCGCUUCAAGGAAGCGCAUCGGGGCAAAGCCGAAUCCCGAGGAGAUUGUACAAAGAUUUUCCUCGGUACCAUUACCACAAUCCCUUAAAGACGUCUCAUAUACUAGGGUCAAUGUUCUCAUUCUCGCCUUUGCCGAGAACGACCUAUCCGAUAUGAAGGUGGAGAUUCAAGAAGUCACAUCAGCUUUCGAAUCAUUCAACUAUAACGUUGAGUUGAUCGAGAUGAGCGGCGAUAAUGCAUGGCUUGGCCUUCAAACUAUUCUUACGACUUUCUUCAAUGGCGCCAAUAAAGACACUUUGCAGAUUAUCUAUUACAGUGGCCAUGGAUAUAUGAGCAUGAGACAGCAGGAGGAUGCGAAUGACGAUAAUGUACCCCAUGAGUACCGCAAAGUACUCAUCACAGCAAGUGGCUGGGGCCAGAACGCAUAUUCAGAUUUUGGUGUGGCCUUUAGCCAGGCCAUAAGAAGUAUUUCGGAUAAAAUGUGUGACAAGUCGACUGAGACCUUGACGGCCAAAACGAACCGUCGCUUGUCGCGGAGGUUCACCAAUUUUCAUAAGCCACCACAAGCCCAUCACAUCCUUCUCCGGCGGAGUUUGAGGCAGAAGAUCAUGCUUGAGCGUCUGGAGAAGAAGAGCGCCUGGCACCAACGGUUGCGGGGCAAGCGCAUAGAUUACGUUGCCUUGGCCGGACUGAAUAGAAGGACGAACAGGAGGAGGACUGGGGCCAUGUCACAGGAUGCUUCAAACGAUAACAUGGAUACACCAUAG